UUUCCCCGGUCACUGCUCUGGCAACACUGCGACUCCGAACAUGGGCGACAUGGAGAACGAAUACAAGGGAACCAUCACCGCCAAGGAGGACUUCGACGUGGAAUUCGCCGCCAAAAGGUUCCAGAAAGCCUUCAAAGGGAUCGGAUCGGACGAGAAGAUGAUCAUCAAGAUGCUCACCCAGCACGACUCCCUCCAGCGGCAGGAGAUCGAGGAGAAGUAUAAGGAGAUGUAUGGAAAGGACCUGAUCGAUGACCUGAAGGAUGAACUUGGGGGUCACUUCGAGGACGCCGCCGUCGCCCUCAUGACCGCCCCCAGUGACCUCUUGUGCGGCGCCCUUCAAGAUGCCCUGAAGGGAAUGGGAACGGACGAAAAGACGAUCAUUGACAUCCUUUGCUGCCGGGACGCUGAGGAGAUUGACAGCCUGAAACAACGCUACGCAUACCUCUACGACGAGGACCUCGACGAAGUGAUCCAGUCCGAGCUCUCCGGGGACUUCCAGCGCCUGAUUCGGGGCCUCUGCGCCGGCGGACGCGACGAGGAGGGCAACGUCGACGCCGCCAACGCUCGCAAGGACGCUCAGGACCUGUACGACGCGGGCAUCGGGAGCAACGCCGGCACGGACGAGGCGGAGUUCGUGCGGGUCCUCAUCACGCGGAGCUACGGCCAGCUGAGGGAGAUCUUCGACGCCUACGACAGCAUCGCCGACGAGGCCAUCGAGGAGUCCAUCGAGAAGGAGUUCGGCGGGGACAUCAAGGCCGGGCUGCUGGCCAUAGUGCAACGCGUGAGAGACCUCGGGUUCUACGCUGAACGCCUGAACAACGCCAUGGCAGGAGCAGGAACCGACGACAAGGCUCUCAUCCGCAUCCUCGUGUCGCGAAGUCAGAUCGACCUGGCCGACAUCAGGUCCCGUUACAAGGAGCUCUACUCGACGGAUCUCGUGGAGGACAUCGAGGCAGACUGCAGCGGGGACUACUGCAAGCUCCUCGUCGCUCUCGUUGGAGGAGAGUCGAACUGAAGUCCUCGAGAAAGCCCUUUUCUUGCUUAUCUUGAGCGAAGGAAAAGAGUGAGAAAGAGAGAAAUAAGUGUCAUGACUCAGACCUCUAACUUACGCACGGUAGAAAAUUGACGAGUUGUUGUGGUGAAUAAUGGAAAAAUGUUGAUCUUCACUUGGAAAAAACGAAUAAAUAAAUAAAGAGUAAUAUGUCUUUUCUCUCGAGGAAAUUCACUUGGAAAAAACAAAUAAAUAAAUAGAGUAAUAUGUCUUUUCUCUCGAGGAAGGAAUGGAAUUUGUCGUUUGACUGAUUCUGCACAUGUUUAUGCGGAAGGUUUGGCCUGUUCUCCAUAUGGGAAAAAUGCUGUUCAUGUUCUGAAGAGCCGAUUGGGAAACAGUCGUCUUUGUUCCUGUAGGAUUUUAUUCAUAUGCAUCUGAGAGAUAUUUGAUUACAUUCUUUGUGAAGUUAAUGGUAAGAAAAAAAAAAAUAAACGAUGAUUCAGAAUCUCGAAAUAAAGAUAUUCGGAUGGAUUGGGCCAUGUGAUAUGAUUAGUUACUUAGCCUUAAGGAAGAUACCUCUUUUGCACUCUCAUUUCCCAAGUGCCUUCUUCGCUCCUUCGGGCCGUACCAGACCAG